ACAUCAGUGGGAAGUGUAAUGUGUGGCAGGUGCCCUGACAGAGGGUUUAAUAUGGGAGAAGAUUACAGGGUGCUGGGAGACCUGGACUGAGUGCUGGUCAGUGGUGGUCAGUGGUGGCGUGAAUACAGCCAGAGGCACUCCUUGGCCUGUGGUCAGCUUUAGGAAGAUUACUAUAUACUGACCAACUGAUCAGAUUUAAGUGGCUUUACCAGCAAUAUUAAGUCUAUGAUGUUUGAAGGUAGUGGAGACAUGUUUUUCUCUCUCACUAAUGGAAUAUGCUAGUUGGACAGAGAAAAGUGGUUUUGAAUGUACUGUAAUGAUAUGCUGUACAGAAUGGCUGGCAGAGUUUGGAGACAAAGUUCUUCAUGUAGGAUUUGAUGACAACUAGAAGAAGACGUAGUCUGUUUGUGGUUGGAAGCAGAAAUUGCUGUAUUCAUGGUAGAUGUAGGAAAAAGAUCAAGCAAAUUUUGACUACACUUGCAACUGUACGUUGUGCUUAUGAGGAUUUCCUGGGAAUCUUUUUGACAGAGUUUGAUGUAUACACUACAGAACAUUUAUUAUGAAGAAGAACAAAUUAAACAGUCCUAAGGGCACUUUGGUGCCCAAAAGAUCAAAUAUAGUGACUCUGGCCUCUGUAUUAUACACCUCAUUGACGGCCAUUUUGAAAUCCAAAUGGAAUAGUAGAACAGUUUCAAUGCCAGCACAGCAACUUAAAGAUGAGAUUGCGGAGGUGACAGCAGAGAUGGAGUCCAUGGAUUUCUCAGAGGACAGUAAAAACAAUCCGAAGACCAAGCAAAUGUCUAUCGGCAGGAAAAAAUUCAACAUGGACCCUAAAAAGGGUAUUGAGUACUUGAUAGAGAAUGGCUUGCUACAAAACACCCCAGAAGAUGUGGCUCAGUUCCUGUACAAAGGGGAGGGGCUGAAUAAGACAGCCAUAGGGGAAUACCUGGGAGAGAGGAAUGACUUCAAUGUAAAUGUCCUGAAAGCGUUUGUGAACCUCCACGAGUUUUCAGACAUGAUAUUGGUCCAGGCCUUGAGGCAGUUUUUGUGGAGUUUCCGUCUUCCUGGAGAAGCACAGAAGAUUGACCGCAUGAUGGAGUGUUUUGCUGAGCGAUACUGUGAGCUGAAUCCUGGCGUCUUUCAGACAAAUGAUACCUGUUACGUGCUGUCGUUUGCUAUAAUAAUGCUGAACACCAGUCUUCACAACCCCAGUGUGAAGGAGAAACCGUCAGUGGACAGGUUUAUUAUGAUGAACAAAGGAAUCAAUGACGGUGGGGACCUGCCUCCUGCUCUGCUUACGAGCUUAUAUGAGAGUAUAAAGAAAGAACCAUUCAAAAUUCCUGAAGAUGAUGGCAAUGAUCUGAUGCACACUUUCUUCAACCCCGACAAGGAAGGUUGGCUGUGGAAGCAAGGUGGCAGAUACAAAAGUUGGAAAAGAAGAUGGUUUAUACUCAAUGACAACUGUUUAUAUUACUUUGAAUACACAACAGACAAGGAGCCGAGAGGUAUCAUUCCUCUUGAGAAUAUUCAGGUCUUGGAUGGGAAGCUGGACAAGAACAGACCUAACAGCUUUGAGCUCGUCUCCAACAACAACGAGAUUAUCAAGGCCUGUAAGACAGACUCAGAGGGCAAGGUGGUCGAAGGUAAACACUCCUACUAUAGAAUGUCUGCAGCCACGCCAGAGGAGAAAGAAGAGUGGAUGAGAUGCAUCAAGGCCAGCAUUAACGAGCACCCGUUCUAUGACAUGCUGGUUGCCAGGAGGAAGAAGGCCACACACAACGUUACCAAGUAGACGCAACUCAGCGGGACUGAGAAACUCCACGUCAAUGUAUAUAAUAUAAUAUAACUGUAGCGGGACCGAGAGACUCUGCAUCAAUGUAUAUAAUAUGAUAUAACUGUCAAAUGUCAAUGUAGGGUAUGUAAGGACAUUGUCUUCUUUAUGUGUUCAGCUGAAAACUGGUGUCAUGAUGUUGAAAAUCAUGAACUUCAGGGACAAGUCAGCAAAUAGAAUAUCUGGUCAUACGAGAAUGGUUUGGUAUUUUUUCACAUCUACAGGUUUGUCAGUCAUAGAUCGUGAACUCUAAUAAUAUAGUCUGUGCUUUUGAUUAUGAAUUCAUCAAAAACAUUAUCUAUUUUAAAAUGCCCAUGUAAA